AGAAUCAAAAGUCUCAGACAACAUUAACUAUUAGACAGCCUCUUGUGGAGCAUAGUAGGAAAUCUUUUGACCUGCUAACAUGUGCCGAGCACUAGAGCAUCUGCCAACCACCUGUCUGGAAAGGGCAAAGGAGCUCAAGACUCGGUUUGGAAAUUUUCUGCUAAAGCAAGAGCUUAAUAUCAUGGGCCACUCAAAAAAAACUAGCAAGCUAACUCUGGAGGACAGACAAAAAUGGAGCCAGUCUUUCCAUGAACUCCUGCUUCACAAAGAUGGACUGUGUGCUUUCACAGCUUUCCUGUCAUCUGAGUACAGUGAAGAAAAUAUUGCUUUCUAUUUGGCCUGUGAGGACUACAGGAGCACAAAGACCUCAUCAAAGCUGUUCUCCAAGGCCAGGGCAAUCUAUGAGGAGUUCAUCUGCUCUGACGCACCAAGAGAGGUUAAUCUUGAUCACGAAACCAAAACCCUCACUUUGAUUAAUAUGGAACGACCCACCCUGUCCUGCUUCAACCUUGCCCAGAGUAAAAUUUACACCCUCAUGGAGAAAGACUGCUACCCUCGUUUCCUCAAGUCCACAGUCUACCAGGAACUCAUCACACAACAUCUGGGUUAAAUUACUCAUGGCCACUCUGAAGACAGCAGCACCGGAACGCGUCCCAGAUAAACACGGCAUUUGUGGGACAGUCAGUGAACCAUCUGAACCCGUUUCUUGAGGUUCAGGAGGAUUGAACAGAUUCAAAGCCAGACUGGAAGGCCUUGGGCAUUAAAAACAUUCAUUCAAUGAACACAGCAGUGAAGCACACAGGAAGAUCACGGUUGUAGCACUGGAUAAUAACUGUGAAAGUGGAACGUCUUUUGCACAUUUAUGUCAAACUAAUUGUGUGUGUGUAUGUGUGUAUUUUUGUAAAGCCUAUGAGUAUUUAUUGAAAAGUUAUAUUGAAAAUAGUGUUAUUUAUAUUUGAUGAACAAAUUGUGAAUUAUUUAUUGAA